UCACGCACCGGAGCAACUUCUAGCAAAGCAACUCUUACAACCGCUUGGCUGUUCGCAGGGCUGAUUUGACUUCCGCUUGAUAGUUCCUCCUCCUCGUAAUUUGUCAUGACUGCGUGACCAUCAUUAAUUGGAUGGCGUUGUACGAUAUUGAUUUUUCCCCUUGCGUGGCGACUGAUUGCACCUGACGAAGUGAGCUGUUAGAAAUGUGUUAGUCUGAAGAGGCACUAUUAGACUCUUUCCGAGUGUGUGCGCGCCUUCAAGUCAGUCUUGACUCCUAGCAACUGCCCGAAUGCAGCUUUCUGGACAAUAUUUUUCGGGAGUGGUUUGCCAUUGCCUCCUUCCUAGGGCUGCGAAAGAGCGGCUCAAGGUCCCCCAGCUGGCUUUGUGCCUAAGGCGGGACUAGAAGCCACAACCUCCCGGUUUCCAGCCCGCCGCCUUAACCACUACAACAAAAUGGCUCGCUUUUUGAUCUUUACGAACUACAUUUCCCAGAAACCCUCUCCAAAGUGGAUUUGUCCGCUCUAUUCUUUUGGACUAUAAACUGGGAGCGGAAGGACAGAGCGCAAAAUAAGCUGGAUCCGAAGCUGCGCGAGGGCCACGGGAAGCCGCUUGCUUUAGAAACCAGCCCAGAUGGCCGCGCGCAUUCUGAUCUUGCCUUCCCCCGCGUGCCUGUACGACGAUCCCGUUCAAGUGAAGAUCGAGGGUCUCUCCCCGCUGCAGGAGGUCACAGUCGGGGCCUCUUUGGUGGAUGAAAGAGGGGACCUUUUCCAAUCGUGUGCUUACUAUCGGGCUGAGCGUAACGGGGAUUUGGACCUCAGCUGCUCCCCCUCGCUGGGGGGGAGCUACCUUGGGGUCGAGCCCAUGGGCUUACUGUGGACGCUGCAGUCCAAGACGCCCUACAAACAGCUGGCUAAGAGAAACGUCCUCACCCCUUUCUGUGUCACCUACGAGGUGUACGACGGACGCGGAGUCACCGGCUCGCUCCUCUGCAGCUGCCUUAGCGAGAGGCGCUUUCUGGUCGAGGGCGUGAAAAGGGCGCCCGUGCGGGAAGGCCGGCUCAGAGGCACGCUCUUCUGCCCGCCCGGCCCUGGACCGUUCCCAGCAGUUAUUGACUUGUAUGGAUCUGGAGGCGGUCUUGUGGAGUACAGAGCAAGUCUUCUGGCAAGCAGAGGUUUUGUUACACUGGCUCUUGCUUUUUUAGCUUUUGAGGAUCUCCCAGCCUUCCCAGAGUUCUUCGACUUAGGUUAUUUUGGUGAAGCAGUAGAGUUCUUGCAGAAGCAACAGAAGGUUAAAUCUAUGAAAAUUGGAGUCCUGGGUUUAUCUACAGGUGCAGAUCUUGGCCUUGCUUUAGCUACAUUUUGGCCAGGCAUCCAAGCUGCUGUCAGCAUUUCUGGCUCAGGGGUAAAUUCUUUUGUCCCUCUGAAAGUGAAAGGACACACCAUUCCUCUUCAUUUUCAUGAUUGGGAGAAGAUCAAACAUACUGAUGAUACAAACAUAGUUGAUUUUUCUGAAGUAAUGAACAUCCCCAAAGACCCAUCUAUCUGGCCAUCCCGCAUCCCUGUUGAAAAGUCCUUAAGCAAGUUCCUCUUCAUAUCUGGACAGGAUGACCGAAACUGGAAAAGUCAGAUGUUCUGCCAAGAAGCUGUUAGUCGCCUUCAGCAGAGUGGACGUCAUGUGGAGUUCUAUUGCUAUCCUGGAGCUGGGCACCUCUUGGAGCCCCCUUAUAUGCCCUUGUGCCAUGUUUCAGCUCACAGGGUAUUUGGGGUUCUUCUAUCCUGGGGUGGAAAGUGGAAAGAACAUGCACAGGCACAGGAAGAUGCCUGGCAAAGAAUAUUAGCCUUUUUCAGACAACACUUGCUGGAGUCACCUCUGAAAAGUACCUUAUAGAGUGCAGUUUUGUACAUGUGUACAAGAAAUGUAGUUGAGAUGUUAAUAGGUGACAGUUAAACCCAGAGUAAUGGUCUCUAGAAAUGUAUACUUCACCACUUUCAGGUAUACUAGCAGGGCACAGCAGAUCUCAAGAAGGCAGUUGGUGAAAACCCUCCCAGCUGGAGAGCCUCUAGAACCUUACACAUGUAAUAAAUGAAUCCAUACCUCUCUCCA